UGAAUAUAAGGGCAAGAGGGUCUAAAAACAAUCAAAAACAAUACAUAAUCAACAUAUCCACGCACUAGUAUAAUAUUUCUUAAAAUUAAACGUAAUUUUCAAUGAAUUAUCCAUCAAUUUAAGUUGCAACUUUCUAAGACUAUUAUGUGUUCUCGCGAGAUUUAGACAACAGCGCCCCCCUUGUUCGUGUCUGGGAAAGCGACGGGAGGUAUGAGGAAUGCUCUGCGGCUAAUGAUAGCAAGGUACACGGAUAGGGAUUUAAUUCACCCCUCGGUCUUCGCUGCUCCUCCGGAAGAGGGAUGUUGCUAUGAAAGAUGCUGGAGGACAUAAUUUAAUAAUUUAACGCGCUCAGUCCUUGGUUUUUCGUGAUACUUUCCCGUCGAGCCGAGCAGCGACAGCGGCGGAGCCCCGUUAAUCCCGACGAGAGAGCGGAGCGGCCUUGCUUGUGUAGCCGGCUCCCCGGUGCAUCUCAAGCGGUGAGCUCUCUCACGCGAGACCGAGGCUUCCGCAGGAUUAUUUUUCUCCACACCCAGAAAAACGUCGGCGCUUUGGAAAUAUUUUUCUUUCCAGUACCUUAUCUUCACCUUUUUAUAUACCUGUCCACGCUGACGGACAGUUUUUAUCGCCAGCGCGGAGGCUUUUUUGUGCCACCGGGGCCUGUUUUGUUUUCGAGCCGCCAUGAACAAUAAUAGAGCGGUGUGACGAGGCUGUCGGGGCUGCACCGCCAAACCACAGUGGAGACACGGAUGCAGCGCUGCAGGAUGAUAAUAAAUGCACCGUGCGAUAGCAGCUCUGGAGCGACGUGAGACCCACCGGGGACGAGCAUGCAUGUGGAGUAUGGGCUACCCGGGGACUUUGGCACGAAAGCCCGUGUUUGAAUCUGGGACCUGCUGCUUAUUUCACCAGUUGUAUGUAACCAAGGAAGGCUCCGUGUGUUUUUAAUGUGGGAAACAAACUGAAUCCCAUUGGCUAAAGCGACGUUUUUAUGCAUAAACGGACCCACCACCAUCGUCAUCGUCAUCAUCACCGGGGGGAGCGGUGCUUCCAGAGCCGGGAGACACUGAGGAUGUGACCGGGGAUGAGUGGGAGCCUCUGUGUGCACAUGUGUGGGAUUCACCCACGGAAAACUGACACCCUCACAGCCACUUAUGUUUGUCCAGACUCCCCUCAGAGAAGCAGUCGUUUUUAUCUCGCAUUACUUUAUUAUUAUUGGGUAUCUGUAGUGUUUUAACGGUAUCAGUAAGUCUUUUUCACGGACCGGUCCGGCCCGGACUGGAACUCCCUCCCGGGGCCAGGCAGCUGAGAUGAACCCGGUGAAUGCGACCGCUCUCUACGUGUCCGUGAGCCGCUCUGUGCUGCAGUGCGACCCCCGAGACCCGCGGGCUCUGGCGGAGCUCUGCAAGCUGCUGCCCUUCUUCCGUCAGUCCCUGUCCUGCCUGGUCUGCGGAAACCUGCUGCAGGAUCCCAUCGCUCCCACCGACUCGUCAUGUCAACACUACGUGUGUCGAGGCUGUAAAGGUCAGAGGAUGCAGCUGAAGCCCUCGUGCAGCUGGUGCAAGGACUAUUCCCGCUUCGAGGAGAACCGGCAGCUCUCGCUGCUUGUCCACUGUUACAGGAAGCUCUGCCUCUACAUCACGCAGUCGCCGCUCGCCACGCACAUCGCCACCGCCGCCGGUGACUCCCCCGACCUCCAGGCCGUCCUCAAUGAGGGCCUGACACAGGCUGAGAGCGAGCCGGAGGCGGAAGACGUCUCCGACUCGGCAGUGCCAUCGCAAACGGCGUCCACCUCUGAUGUGGUUGACGUUCCCCCGGUGACGGAGAUCAAGGGGGAGGAACUGAGCUCGGUGAGCAUCAACGGACUGCACGACUGUAACGGCCUAGUGAGUUUGGAUUCUCUGCAGCCUGUCGCCAUGGACACUGUCGGAGGCAUCGCCAAGCAGGAGAGUUUUUCGGCAGAGAUUCCCGUGUGUGUGAGUGUCACGGCGAGCGGGGAGGCGGGACUCUGUGACAUCAGCACGUUCGGGGACGAGCUGAAACACGGGGGAGGGCCGCUGUUGUUGAGCGUGGAGGAGGUGCUUAGGACUCUGGACACGGACCCCGACCCCUCGCCUGAGCCCGACGGCCCCCCCUCUGCACCCCAGUCCACCCUCAACGGACCUCUCUGUCCGUCUGGCCCGGACUCGUCCCGCCUCAUCCCCUCCCUCCCCCCGGAGAACAGCCCCCACCCCCUGCACUCUCACCCACAGCCCUCGCUGCAGCCCCCGCCUCAGCCCUCCCCCGCGGUCCCGUGCCUUCCACCUCGCUGCCGCCGCAAACGCUCGCGCUCGGAAAGCGACAGCGAGAAGGUGCAGCCCCUCCCCAUCUCCAGCCUCCUUCAGGUUGCUCCACUCGGUCCCAGCAGCCCCGCCCACCACUACCCCAACCCCACUGCCACCAACGCCACCAAACAGGAGCCCCAAUUCCCUGUAGUCCCGCCCCACCCUCACCCUCACCCUCACCUGGCCCCCGUACCCAACGGCAGUCCAGCCAAAGUGGGGAAGGCAGUCCUGGUCUCCAACAAGGCGCUGAAAAAGACUGUGGAACAUCACAGCGCCGCCAAGAAGGCGUACACCAAGGCCAGGCAGGGGGCCCCCAACAAGCCCCGCCCACAGCCCCGCGACCGCGUGCCCCCGCACCCGCACCCACACCCUCACCCGCUCACGCACCCGCCGAGUCCAUCGAAGCCGCUGUACAAGAAACCCGUGGAGAAGAAGGGCUGCAAGUGUGGCCGCGCCACACAGAACCCGUCUGUGUUGACCUGCAGGGGGCAGCGCUGCCCCUGCUACUCCAACCGCAAGGCGUGUCUGGACUGUAUCUGCCGCGGCUGUCAGAACUCCUACAUGGCGAACGGUGAGAAGAAGCUGGAGGCGUUUGCCGUGCCGGAGAAAGCCCUGGAACAGACGCGACUCACGCUGGGAAUCAACCUCACCAGCAUCACCGCCGCCGCGCUGCGCAGCCCGGCCGCAAGCUCCCCCGGCGGCACCCUCCUCAACGUCACCACGGCGACGGGGGCGCCCGUCACGGCCGCCUUCCUGUCGGGGGCGGGGCAUGACAGCAGGGCCUUUGAUGAUUCACUGGAGAUGCGGUUUGACUGCUGAGCUCCUGCCCCCUUUCUCUGGUCGGUUGUGCACAUUCCCCCCGCCCUCCA